AUGCCUAAACUCCUGGAAAGCAUUGUCACUGUCAUCGAUCUUUUCUAUGAAUAUGCUGGCCAAGAUGGAGAGUGUGAUAUGUUGAAGAAGGCAGAAUUCAAGGAACUUUUGGAAAAUGAGUUUCAUCAAGUUCUGAAGAAUCCAGAUGAUCCAGAUACUGUAGAUAUCAUCCUGCAAAGUCUGGAUAGAGAUCACAACAAGAAAGUGGAUUUUACUGAAUAUCUCCUAAUGAUAUUCAAGUUGGCUCAGGCUUGUAAUAAAAUUGUUAGCAAAGAUUACUGCCAAGCUUCAGGGUCAAAGCAGAGAGAUCACAGAUACCAGCACCCAGAGGAACAAAGUGAAACAGAAGAGGACGACGAAGGGCAAGAAAGGUCUUCCACUCAUUCAAGUUGGAGUACAGGAGAGAAUAAUUCAUAUUCCAGGAAAUCCAGGCAAAACAUUACACACAGAUCUGGAUCAAGUUCCAGAAGAAGACAGCAUCAAAGAGGCUUGUCUAGUUCUGGACAAGGACAUAGCUCUGGGGAAAGAAAGACAGGGUCAAGUUUAGGCAACUUUGAGAAUAGUAAGAAAAACAAACAAGAAACGUCUGGGAAUGAAGGAGCUGGUCAUACUCAGUCAAGUAACUGUAAAAAGAGAUCAAACUCAGCAAAUUCGUCAGGCAGUUGUGGAGAAGGAAGUGUGCGCUAUUCAGAGGAUGAAUCUUCCAGUUAUGAGCAACACUACUCUGACUCAAAUGGAUCUUUAGGGAAUAGAAAUCAUGAUAAAUUAAGGCAUUCCUCUAGUCAGGGGCAGGAAUUCAGUUCAGGCAGUUGUGGAGGAAAAGACCAUUGGUCAAAUUCAAACGACUUCACCAGUUGUGGUCAUGGGUCUGGCUCUCAAAGGAGACAGCAGAAAUCAAAUACUGAAUCUCAAUCAGAAAACUGUGAAGAACAAGGAUACAGUUCUGGUUCAAGUGAUAUAUCCACUUAUGGAAAACAUAGUUCAAGGUCAGGCCAGUCCAAUAGUCCAAGAAGACAAGGAUCCUACUCAAGUGGAGAAUCAGGACUCAGAGGACAACAAAAAUAUGGUUCAAGCUCAGAAGAAUAUGGAUCUGAAUAUGAAUCAGGCAGAGGAAAAAGGCAAUUAAGCCCAAAUAGGUCAUCUACUCAGAGAAAAUAUAGCAGCAGCUCUAAUAAUAAGUCAGGAAGUCGUGAAAGACAAAGCCAUGGGUUUGGUUCAGGAAAACUUUCUAACUAUGGUGGGGAAGAUUCUACAUCUGAAGAGUCUUCUAGCUGUGGACAAUAUGGCUCUGGUUCCAGCCAAAGAUCCAGACAAAAACGCCAAGAAUUCAACUCAGGUGGUCAUUCUGGAAAUUAUGGAAGACAGAGACAUGGGUCUGGCUCAAGUCAAUCAUCCAGCUGUGAACAUCAUGGUUCUAGCACAAGACAGUCAUCAGGCUGUGGACAAACUGAAUCUGGAUCAGGUCAAUCAUCUAGUUUUGGUCGGCGUGGCUCAAGUCAGUCAUCUAGCCACAUGGGACACGGGUCUGUCUCAGGUCAGUCAUCUGGCUAUGGACAGCAUGCUUCUAGCAGACGACAGUCAUCAAGCUAUGAACAAACUGGAUCUGGAUCAGGCCAGUCUUCCAGCUUUGGUAAACGUGGCUCAAGUCAGUCUUCCAGCCACAGGGAACAUGGGUCUGGUUCGGGUCAGUCAUCUGGAUAUGGCCAACAUAGAUCUGGCUCAGGUCAAUCAAUUGGCUAUAGACAGCAUGGAUCUAGCACAGGACAGUCAUCCAGCUGUGGACAAAGUGGGUCUGGUUCAGGUCAGUCUUCCAGCUGUGGUGAGCACGGCUCAGGCCAGUCUUCUAGCCAUAGUCAACGUGGCUCUAGUACUGGACAGUCUUCCAGCUGUGGACAGACUGGAUCUGGAUCAGGUCAGUCUUCUAGCAUUGGGAAGCAUGGCUCAAGUCAGUCUUCCAGUCGCAGUAGACAUGGGUCUGGCUUAAGUCAGUCAUCUAGAUAUGGACAGCAUGGUUCUAGCACAGGACAGUCCCCCAGAUAUGGGCAAAGUGGGUCUGGUUCAGGUCAGUCUUCCAGCUUCAGUGAGCAUGGCUCAGGCCAGUCUUCUAGCCACAGGGGCCAUGGGUCUAGCUCAGGUCAGUCAUCUGGAUAUGGCCAAUAUGGAUCUGGCUCAGGUCAAUCAUCUGGCCAUGGACAGCUUGGUUCUAGCACAGGGCAGUCAUCAAGCUGUGGACAAAGUGGGUCUGGUUCAGGUCAGUCUUCCAGCUUUGGUGAGCAUGGCUAUGGCUCAAGUCAGUCAUCUAGCCACAUGGGGCAUGGUUCUGGCUCAGGUCAGUCAUCUGGCUAUGAACAGCAUGGUUCUAGCAGAGGACAGUCAUCCAGCUGUGGACAAAGUGGGUCUGGUUCAGGUCAGUCUUCCAGCUGUGGUGAGCACGGCUCAGGCCAGUCUUCUAGCCACAGUCAUCAUGGCUCUAGCACUGGACAGUCAUCCAGCUAUGGACAAACAGGAUCUGGGUCAGGUCAGUCUUCUAGCUUUGGUAAACGUGGCACAAGUCAGACUUCUAGCCACAGUAGAUAUGGGUCUGGCUCAGGUCAGUCGUCUGGCUAUGGACAGCAUGCUUCAAGCACAGGACAGUCAUCCAGCUGUGGACAAAGUGGGUCUGGUUCAGGUCAGUCUUCCAGCUGUGGUGAGCAUGGCUCAGGCCAGUCUUCUAGCCACAGUCAAUAUGGCUCUCACACUGGACAGUCAUCAAGCUACGAACAAACUGGAUCUGGGUCAGGUCAGUCUUCCAGCUUUGGUAAGCAUGGCUCAAGUCAGUCAUCUAGCCAUAGGGAACAUAGCUCUUGCACUGGACAGUCAUCCAGCUGUGGACAGACUGGAUCUGGAUCAGGUCAGUCUUCUAGCUUUGGUAAGCAUGGCACAAGUCAGUCUUCUAGCCGCACUAGACAUGGGUCUGCCUCAGGUCAGUCAUCUGGCUAUAGACAGCAUGGUUCUAGCACAGGGCAGUCAUCCAGCUGUGGACAAAGUGGGUCUGGUUCAGGUCAAUCUUCCAGCUGUGGUGAGCACGGCUCAGGACAGUCAUCCAGCUGUGGUCAGACUGGAUCUGGAUCAGGUCAGUCUUCCGGCUUUGAUAAAUAUGGCUCAAGUCAGUCAUCUGGCCACAGGGGACAUGGGUCUAGCUCAGGUCAGUCAUCUGGAUAUGGACAGCAUGGCUCUAGCACAGGACAGUCAUCAAGCUGUGGACAAAGUGGGUCUGGUUCAGGUCAGUCUUCCAGCUUUGGUGAGCAUGGCUCAGGCCAGUCUUCUAGCCACAGCCAUCGUGGCUCUAGCACUGGACAGUCAUCUAGCUGUGGACAAACUGGAUCUGGAUCAGGUCAGUCUUCAAGCUUUGGUAAGCAUGGCUCAAGUCAGUCAUCUAGCCACAUGGGACAUGGGUCUGGCUCUGGUCAGUCAUCGAGAUAUGGUCAACAUGGAUCUGGCUCAGGUCAGUCAUCUGGCUAUGGACAGCAUACUUCUAGCAGAGGACAGUCAUCCAGCUGUGGACAAAGUGGGUCUGGUUCAGGUCAGUCUUCCAGCUGUGGUGAGCACGGCUCAGGCCAGUCUUCUAGCCGCAGUCAAUAUGGCUCUCGCACUGGACAGUCAUCUAGCUUAGGACAGACUGGAUAUGGGUCAGGCCAGUCUUCCAGCCUUGGUAAACGUGGCUCAAGUCAGUCAUCUGGCCACAGGGGACGUGGGUCUAUCUCAGGUCAGUCAUCUGGAUAUGGCCAACAUGAAUCUGGCUCAGGUCAGUCAUCUGGCUAUGGACAGCAUGGUUCCAGCACAGGACAGUCAUCAAGCUACGAACAAACUGGAUCUGGGUCAGGUCAGUCUUCCAGCUUUGGUAAGCAUGGCUCAAGUCAGUCAUCUAGCCAUAGGGAACAUAGCUCUAGCACUGGACAGUCAUCCAGCUGUGGACAGACUGGAUCUGGAUCAGCACAGGGCAGUCAUCCAGCUGUGGACAAAGUGGGUCUGGUUCAGGUCAGGCUUCCAGCUGUGGUGAGCACGGCUCAGGCCAGUCUUCUAGCCAUAGUCAACGUGGCUCUAGUACUGGACAGUCUUCCAGCUGUGGACAGACUGGAUCUGGAUCAGGUCAGUCUUCUAGCUUUGGGAAGCAUGGCUCAAGUCAGUCUUCCAGUCGCAGUAGACAUGGGUCUGGCUUAA